AUGAGCCCUCUCGAAGUACAAAAUCUUCCAGAAAUACCGCCAUUUCCCACUAAACCAACCCACCACAUAUCCUUGGAAGAUAUUACAACGUAUAUCCAACCACUUGUUUCGCGUCAGUGGACAGUCGGCCACAUCUGCACAGGAGUCGGUGAAAAUGAAAUACUCUCUCUGGAGAGGCGCUACAAGUUCAAGGGCUUCAACGAUGUCAUGGACUUUGUUCAAGGAGUCGCAGACAUCUCACGGGCAGAAAAGCAUCACGCUCGGAUCGUGAUUGAGUAUAGCACCGUGGAUAUUUUCUCGCACACGCAUUCAGCGUAUACCUUCGACCGCGUAGGAGAAAGAAAACUCGAGCCUAAAAAAGUUCCUGGGCUUACGCGUCGCGAUGUGCGAUUCGCCAUCAAGAUCGAGGAGUUGCAUGAAACAUUCAAGGAACGAGGGCGCACGGUGCAGUCUGUACCAGCAGAUCUUACCCAGCUGCAGCACCGGUCCAUGAAGUCAGUGCUACGAAGAUAUAGCCAAAAGUAG